UCUCAGAAAGAGAAAUCAGGUGAACGAAAACUCUCCCAUGACCAGAAAAAUGGCCCCGCUGACUCGGAAGAGCUAGAAAUAGAUGAACUGUACUUUGAUACGGACAGACAAUCGCAAGCGAGAGGGAAAGAAACCGUAAAUUCGCAGAAACCGUUAACAAGGGAGAAGGAUCAAAUGCAAGAAAGACAUACACAAAUGACGGAAAUGAACCAGUGCGGGAUCCAUUUCCAAGCACAGCUGCAAAAGAAAGAAUUGGAAGAUGAUAACCUGCCGAGGGAAAAAGAAAAACGAGAGGAAAGUUCACAGAGAAAAUUGUGCGAGAUAGGAGAGCACGCGCAAUUACAAGAGAGCGAAGAACGAGAAGUUAAGUCCAAAAGACAACUGCACGAGAUAGAGAGGUAUAUAAAAGACGCACAAGUUGAAGUAACUGGAAGUGGAUUUGAUGAGGGAAGAGGGGGAAGAUUUGUUCCUGAAACCGAAAAAGACCCAAAUGAGAAUUUUGAAAGGGAAACGACAGAGAUACCAGGAAUAUUCAGGGAGUUGACACAGCAGCUGGAAAACGUUCAAUCAAGAAACAGAGAUGGAGAACUGAGGGAGAUGACAGAACAGUUGACUGAUGUCCGGAGGCAACUACAAGAGAGAGAUGGACAACUAGCAGAAAAAGAUCGCCAGCUAAGAGAGAGAGAUGGAAAACUACAUGACAGAGAUGAACAGCUAAGACAGAUAGAUGGACUACUGAGAGAGAUGAGAGAUCAGUUGACGGAUGUCCAGAGGCAAUUAGAAGAAAGAGAUAGACAACUGAGAAACAGAGAUGGACAACUAAGAGACAGAGAUGGAGAACUACAAGACAGAGAUGAACAGUUAAGAGAAAGAGAUGGACAACUGAGGGAAAUGAGAAAUCAGUUGACGGAUGUCCAGAGGCAACUACAAGAAAGAGAUGGACAACUAAGAAACAGAGAUGGACAAGUUAGCGAGAUAACAAAGCAGUUGAUAAGUGUCCGAGGGCAACUACAGGAAAACACUGAAGAAUUUACUUCUUUGGAAAGACUGCUGAGGGCCAAACAGCACGAAAUAAAGGAACUGGAGACGUCUCUUUCAGCAGCUCGAAGGGCGUUAAAGGAACGUUCACGCCAUCAGACCCCUGAUUGGGUCAUUCCACGUGAUCAGAUUCAACUGACGGACAAAUGCCUUGGAAAGGGAGGCUGGGGAAGGGUCAUCGAAGGUAAAUACUGUGGCUGUGCUGUCGCCGUCAAACAGAUACACGAGUUGAUUCUUUCUGAUCACAACCGUAGAUUGUUUGAGCGAGAGAUGAGCAUCGCCGCCAGAUGCCGCCAUCCUUGUUUGCUGCAGUUCAUUGGGGCAACAAACGAUGAAGGAAGUCCUUUGUUUGUAACAGAACUCAUGGAAUCUAGUUUACGAGCACUGUUGGAACAGCGGCCUCUUUCUUCACUUGAAGUGUCUGUCAUUUCUCUAGAUGUUGCUCGAGCAUUAAAUUACCUUCACUUAAAGAAACCAUCCCCCAUCAUUCACCGCGACAUCAGCAGUGCCAAUGUGUUACUGUGGCGGCAAGCCGACCAAUGGCGAGGCAAAGUGUCAGAUUAUGGCACGGCUAAUGUUUUGCAGCAGACCAUGACAGUUGGUCCUGGUGCUAUGAUAUACAGUGCACCUGAAACGCAUACUAAAUACCAAACCGUCAAGGUUGAUGUGUACAGCUUUGGAGUUCUCUUUUGUGAGAUUUGCAUCCGGGAACUACCGGAUCCUGACAGGCGCGACGAGCAAGUUGCCAUGGUGACAAACCGUAUGCUUCGAGCUCUUAUUCGGGGAUGCCUGCAACAAGAUGCUGAUGAAAGACCAAGUAUGGAAGACAUCAUUGGUGAACUCGAACAACCAAUAUAAGAUUGGUUCGGAAAAGAUCUGCU